CAUCCCCCACCAUCCUCCAUCCUUCACCAACUCUCAUCACCAAUCUUGCUCCUCCAAACCCUCUCACCCACAUCUCAUAAAUCCCCUAAGUAGUAGCUCAUUGUUCCCCACUGCACCACAGUCGCGUGUUGCCUUCGGCAGCCUUGGGUUUCCCUUUUCGGCAAGCAGACGCUAGCCCCCCUCAAGUUCCUGUUGUUUCUGCCUUUCAGGUUUCCAUUUUAGGAGGAACUGUCUCUCUCUCUCUCAAUUUUUUGGUUCUAAGUCACCACCAUCUCCUUGAAACCUUGAAUACUUGCUGUUGUAAGCCUACAAGAAGAGGACUAAACCCAUUUUACACAAACACGAGCAUGAUUGGUUGAAAUGAAAUUAUUAUCAUUUCCAUUGAGUUGAGCAUGCCUACUUGGAGUUUAUUUGAUUGUCCUAAUGAUCUAGAAAUUAUUUGUAAAUUAUGGUUUUCUUGUUAACUUCUACCUAGUUUUGUCUCCAAUAUGGUCAUGAUUUACUGUGGCUAUUAGUGGGAGGUUUAUAAACACUAGCACAUGUCGACAUGUUACUUAUGGAAUCGGUUCAUUCUUGUUAUACCUGUUAUCCUGCUAGUGGGAUACACUAGCAAAACUUGUGCCUGUCAGUGGCAGGUUUAUAAACAUUGGCCAUGACCUAUAGAGGAGACGUCUAUUUCAUUCUUGUACUUAAACCCAUUUUUCUUGAUGCUUGAUUACACUUGUUGGCAUGCUUUAUACAUUAAAUAAGGGCUAUCCAUAUUUUUACCUACUAAAUUAUUUCAUAGAGUAUUUUUCCCUCAUCCACCAUUUCAAGUACUAAAACCAAAGACGCGGGAAAACUGAGGGGAGUGAUGAGCUAGAAGGCUAGCCAUUUGUAAUUCAAACUUAGAUUAUCUUGGAGUUAGGCUAGCCACAUAUAUUUGGACUUAGCUUAUUUUGUAAUUAGGUUUGCAAGCUAAAUUUUAUUUUUAGAUUUUUGCAAAAUUGUUCCAUGGAUUGUUAGUUAUGAAUUUAAUGAGUUCCGAGUCUUGUGCAUUUGUGGGAUUCUCUCACAAGUGUAUGGUGUCUGUUUUGCCCUUGGAUUUGGGUUCUGAGGUGUGAUAGAUAUUUUGCAAGGUACUUAUAAUGUAAUAUUUGGCAAAGAGACAAAGAAGAGACGAUAUAAAACUGGCAUUUUGAA